GCGACAGGUAAAAUCCAUUUUCACUUACUCCCUGAGGUCAGUGAGUUUUGUAUUUACUAAAUCAGUCAUCUCAACUUAUAGCCUUUGUGGUUUUGCUGCUUCAUUCUUGAGCUAUUUCUGGCAGCGUUUUUGUCACAUGACCUGUUAGUGUCUGUUACCUGCCUGUUACCUCUACAUAGAUAUGCUCAGAUCUAUUAACGGACAUUUAAAAGCGCUUCACAAAAUUAAAGCCACGUCAUCAACUCUCCUACAGGUUAUUUUCACCACGAUGAACUGCUGGUUAGAUUUCUUGCUGAGAAGCUGCUCUUUAAUAAAAGGCGGCAUUUUAGUUACAGGCUGCAGCAGAACCCACUCUGCCGUAACUCUGGGCGACUGGAGCGACCCGCUGGACCCAGAUGUGGAGACUCAGAUGAUAUUCAAGCAGCUUCUCCAGGGCAGAGACAAACUCAGGAAAAAAUACCUGGAGCAGGAAGAAGCAGAUCAGACAUCAAGCAAUAAGGAAAAGAGGAUAAACCCUGAUAUUCACCCAGAUGGUGCUGAAUGCAACGCUCAGCAGAUGAAGCCUGGUCAGAGUGUCGCUGCUCGGCUGCUGGUGGUGAUAGAGGAUCUGGAGCAAGCUCACGCCACCUUCCAACUGAGAGAAAAAGAGGACGCCACUAGAGUCAUCCUCAAUCCCUAGGCUGCACGCGGCCUCUGAUCUAUUAACGCCUGAAAGGAGUGUAGGGCGGGAGGAGGAGGAGGAAGUUUUAGCUAAACACUCUCCAGACUGUCGCAGAGGAGAAGCCGCGGCCCUGUCCAGCUUUUUCCCGGCUAUAAGGAGCAGUGGAGAGUCUUACGCUUUUUAAUCGUCUGUUCUGUCUCAAGGUCACAGAUGAGGAAGAUGAAGCCACACGAUAAUACCG